AUGGCUGUUUUCUGUUUCAUUGCUUUGCCCGGGCAGCAGGAUUUUAAGGCAGCACAGGUCUGCGGACUGGAUGGCCAUCACCAGCUCUGCAUCCAAAGGGCUGCUCGUCCUCCUCGUGAAGGACAGUUGCCGUCCCUGCAGCCCCUGUCCUGGAGUGAGAGCCCCGUGGCUGUGACCAAUGCUGCUGGUGAAGAAUACUCAAAACUGAUGGCUCCAAAGGCAAGCAACCCUCAGGGAAGUUCAAAAGAGAUUCGACAAACCAGACAUUUUUGUGGCUUACAAGGUUACAAGAUGAGCCCUGGAUGCCAUGUGUUGAGAGCAGAUAGAUACCACAUGUGGUUCUCGGCCAAAAUAGCAAAGGCUCGUCCUCAUGGUAAAAAUCCAGCAGGUUUCUGUUCCAUCUCUUCUCUACUACAUUCUGUUGUGCUGGCUGUCAGGGAAGCCAGUGGUGCGAUAAGAGUUUCACUGUGUACUGAUCAAGUAAAGGUGUUGCCUUUCAAUGCCUUGGAACUUUGGCUUUCACUGUUGAUGGUAGUAAGUUCAGUGAACACAGAUAAACCUGAAGAGAAAAUUUAUUCCUGCCCAGUAAUUCAGUGCAGUGCUCCUGCAGUCAAUGGCUUACCAGGCAAAGAUGGAAGAGGUGAAAAGGGAGAACCAGGAGGACUGAGAGGUCUACAGGGUUUCCCUGGAAAAGUGGGACCUCUGGAAAUAAAAGGAGAUUUAGGUCCAAAAGGAGAGAAAGGAGAAAAGUAUAUUUUCAAAAAAAUAUUUGUGUUAAUGUCCGGUAUUCUUAUAACAUCAUUUGAGGAAAGGUGUGAUUUCCAGAAGUUUGUAGUAACUGAUGACCUGCAGAGACAAGUAACUGCUUUGGAAACAAAAGUACAAGUUUUGGAGGCUGAAGUAAAUAGAUACAAAAAAGCUCUGAUUUUAAAGAACAUCAAGAGUAUUGGUGGAAAAAAUAUUUGCCUCAACUGGAAAGAAGAUAUUUUUGACAACGGAAAAUCCCUUUGCGCAAAAGCUGGAAGUGCACUUGCCUCUCCUAGGAAUGAGGCUGAGAAUACAGCUUUAAAAGACUUAACAAGACCUUCAAAGCAGGCUUAUAUGAGGAUAUUUGAUGAACAGACUGAAGGCAGGUUCAUGUAUCUGAAAGGAGGGGCUGUAACUUACAGAAGCUGGACUGCUGGAGAACCAAAUAAUCUAAAAAAUGAAGACUGUGCAGUAAUACAAGACUCUGGAAAAUGGAAUGACUCUAAUUGUUCAAAUUCAUGUGCCUUAUUUGUGAAGUCUUGA